GUCUUCUUCCCUUCUGCUCUCGUCCAUCGUCCGUAUUCGUCUGAGCCACAUCAGCAGUCGCUGACGUGUGCUGGGCGUUUGCGCAUGGUGUUCGUGGCAUUGGGAACGGCAUGGUGGAGUUCAAGCAUUGAUUCAGCAUGCGGACUGCGGCUUGCAUGGGCCCAAGCCGGGCCGGGAACAUCACUAAUGUACGAGAGUCCAGGACUUCAUAUCAGUGUGACUUUGCUUCAAAGUGAACUGAUACGGUCUGAGUUGUUAGUCAUUUGUCCUGAACCGACGUCCAAAGUGGAUAGUUUCAGUUCUCCGUUAGUCUUUGUUGUCUACCACUGACACCGAAGCUCGCAGCCUUACCCGGCUCCGACCCUGCUCCAUCCCUCUUUUCCUAUUUCGAAACACUCUGACUACCGGAUCUCAAGAUGAAUGAGGUACAACUCCAUUGGCAGAGGUCAAGACCUCAGUCACCGCUCG